AAGAGGAAGGAGCGCCAUUUUGAAACAAACAACAUUAAGGAGCUACAUCUGCAUGUAGUUUUCUUUAUAAGAGCAACAACAAAAAGCAGGAAAAAGACAUGAAUGCCCACGUGAACUGGACUCAUGAGGAGACUCAGGCACUUCUUGCAGUGUGGUCUGAAGAGAAGAUUCAGUGUGGACUGGGGGAAUCGGUGAGAAAUGAGAAAGUUUAUGGGGAAGUGUCUCGCAGACUGACUGUCAUGGGUAUGUUUCGCUCUGCCAAACAGUGCAGGGACAAGAUAAAGAAGCUGAAACUAGAGUACAGAAGAAUAAAGAAACAUGGCCAUGGAAGAGGGGAUAAUUUUAAGAGUUUCAGAUGGUAUGACACUUUGGACUCUAUCUUAAGUGAAGGACCAGCAAUGAGGGAGGACAUGGACCGGUCCCCCACCAUGAUUCAAAAGUUUAUCAUUUCUGAUGUAGAGACAAGUAAGUGAUUAAUUCUUCACAUAUACAUAUAAACACAAUUUUACCUGCAACCAGUGAAACAGGUUAAACAAAAGACAAAUCAGUGCAUUUGCAGUGUCCGAGUGUUUAACUGUGAACUUUUAGUCAUGUAAUUUUUUUUACAGAUGCAGCAACUCUGACAGAAAUACCUGAUAGUUUCAGCAGCACCUUCAUCAACUCCCAUCAGGCUGCUCCACCAUCGUACCCUGCAGAGAAUAAACAGGAACAAGGUUUCUACCCCAGACAAGUAGAAGAUUUUGACGGUCCGUCUACGAGUACAGCAGUGUCCCCCCCUGCCCCUACUGCAAUGCAAACAUCAGUCAGAGGCAAGUAGAUGGAGCCUGAAGGUAGAAGGGUCUAGGAAAUAAAGCAUCACUGGGUCAAAGCAACAAUAGCACGAUCUUCCAGACCUGCCAUGAAAUCCUAUAUUUAUAUUUGAAUUCACUCAUUAAAGUUUUAAUUUAUUUUCUUUUAAAUGUUCUCAGUUUAUCGUCUUUCACAACCCGCAGAUACCCGCUGGUGCUCCUGGUCAAAAAGAGAAGUCCAAGCCUUGUUGACACUUUGGGCAAAUCCUGCUGUUCAAGAGGAGCUUCUUCUUAACGUGAGAAACAAUCAAGUGUAUGCCCGCCUCAGUGCCGCUCUAGAAUCACUCGGAUUCAGCAAGACUCCACAGAAAUGCAGGGAGAAGAUCAAAAAAUUAAAGCAGGAUUACAAGAGAUUGAAAAACGAUCAGCACGGAGUUGGAAAGCAGAGGACCCGCACUACUGUUUGGUUUUCCAUCAUGGAUGAUGUCCUUAGCUCUAGGGCUGCUGCUGGGAGAUAUUCAGAAACAACAGAGCCCUCAGCCAGUCAGCCGGAGUCUACCGUGGAUGUGGAUCACAAUGGUAAAAAGAGAUGAAAUCCUAAAGUUUGGACGGCUUUCCAUUUAGCUCACAUUAGUUCUCUUUUUUUAUUAAUGCAAUUUCUAAAUAAUUACAGCAGGUGUAGCUAGAGAACAAAUUAGCAGGAGAGUAAAGCUCUAAAGUGAUGAUGCACAAUGCAGAAACCGCCUCUUUCCAAGGACAAAAGGAGGAACUGUUCAGUUCCCGCUAUUAUUUUUUUUUUUGUUCACAUUAACCACAGUGUAACAUCUUAAUCAGUAUCAACAUCUGAUCAUGGAAAAUAGAGCAAGCUGCAACUUAUGUUUUUCAAGACGCCCUUAGAUAAAAUGUUGACAUAUCUCUAAACCUUUUUAUCUAUUACUGGCCAAUAGUUAGUUUCAUUUUUUGUAGUCUCUGUGUCUCACAUGGGUUUGCUGCUUGCCAACUCACCUCAGUCUUGAUGUGCAUCAUUUAAAAGAAGCCUACAGAACAGAUAAGAGGCCUGCUUGUUAUUGUAGUUUUUUAAGCUUUCAUAGAGCAGCAGCAGCAAUGAAAAAAAUAUCAACAGGAUAGAAGAGCAGAUGAGUUAGAUAUGGGUUGGAAUAAGAUAAAAAUGUAAUUAUUGUGCAGUAUAAAUGAGUAUUUCCCAGUAGAUAGAGGUUGUUAUAAAGUUGAUAAUGAUUUUCCCCAAUAAUUGAACCCAGUCUGAAUAUAUAUAUUUGUCCAAACUUCCUUCUCUCAUUUUUUUUCUUUUCUUUUCUUUUCUAGAUGAAACCCGGUGGUUGGCUGAUGAAGUCCAAGUUCUCUUGACCCUUUGGUCACAGCCACACAUCCAGAAACAGCUUCUCAACACAGCAACUAAAACUCAAGUCUUCAAAUACCUCAGCAGUGAACUGGCACUGGUGGGCUUUAACAAGACGCCACAGCAGUGCAGUCUGAAAGUGACUAACUUGAAGGAGGAGUACAAGAAAAUCAAAGAGACAGAGCCGAAUGGAAGUGUGAACAGUAACUGGUUUGCUAUUUUGGAUAGUGUUCUUGGACCUGGUGAAGCAGCUUCUCUACAGGUGGAUUCAUCUGCUGCUGUGAUACAGGUCAAAUCAGCAGACGAUGAAAAUGAGAAAGGUGUGUGUUUGUUUCUAAAGAUUUUAAGUUUUCUCCCCUUCACUCCAAGGAUGUUACCGUAUCGAACCCAUGCUGUUUGUUUCCACAGGAAUUCUGAUGACUGUUUGGACAUCAGAGGAAGUCGAAGUGCUGCUCAAUCGCUGGGCAGAAGACGACGUCCAGGAGCAGCUCAGAUCAGCUCCAACAAAUGAGAGGGUGUUUGCCCAGCUGAGCUCUGACCUGGCCACUCAGGGCUUUGAUAAGACCACCAGUCAGUGCAGGUCCAAAAUAAGACUGCUAACAGACAAGUACAGAAUGAUCAAGAAACAGAAAGACUUCAUAAAACCAACAGGAAGAUGGUUUACCAUCAUGGAUAAAGUCCUUGGUCGUGAAAAGUCAGAGGAUGUGACAAAAAAGCGAGCAGCUGAAGUCAGAAAUACACACACAGAAUCUGUGCAGAGAUCACAGCUAAAGCUUUCUGACACGGUGGAAGACUUAGGUAAGACUCAAAAAUGUUUAAAAAAACGUUUUCUGGUCUAAGUGGAACUAUAUGAGUUAUUCUCACUGAAGCAAAGAACCAAACAGGCACAGCAGGAACCCACAGUCUUUUGUGAUAAUUUCAGCAGAAAGGAAACAUUUUGCAGCACCCUUUCUGUGAACAUCUGGUGCAUUUUCAUGAUCCAUGUGGGAUAUUAGCCUCCCUUUGGCUACAGUGUGAAAGACAAAUCUGAUUUUUGGCAGUAGUAGGUUUUUGACUGCAAGGAAUUUUCAACAGGGUAAUGAUGCUAUUACUCAACUUGAUAACAUAUUGUAGAUUUAUGGUUGUUUUUUUAAUUUGCAGGCUGCAGCUUGUCUAUUUCCUCACUGUGUCUCCUCGUUCCCACACUGCGUUUAAUGUGCGCCUUUAUGUGGCACGUUGUCCAGACUUGUAAUGUGAUGCAUUAUGGGAAGGUGGAGGAGCUGGUGAGGGUGGUGACAGAACUGGCCCCUGAGCUGCUAACAUCCAGAGAGAAAGCACAAAUACUGCUCAGACUGAGAGCAAGGGUAAGCCAUGAAAACAUUUUAUUAUAUUUAUUUUAUGUUGAAUUAGUUUUUCCUUUUGACCCCAGAUUAGUCGUUGUACAUAAAACUUUUGGAUUAAAUAAAAAACUAAAGCACGUUUCUUUUCAUGCUGUGUCUCUCAGAUGGUGUUGGAGUUGUGUCGCAGUGAGAGCACAGCCAACCCGCUGACUGUCAAGCCUCACUUAUCUGUCAUUGAGAGCCUCAGCAGCUCCACAUGUGAUCAAGAGGUAAGUGUGAAGUGGUACAAAAAGUGGUACAGUGGAAAAGUAAGAAACAUACUCCUCAAGUCCUUCCCUGUCCACGUUGUCUUAACUUAAUGGAAAACAUUGCAGUGUUGAGAAAAGGUGCAAAAAAAGGAGCUGAAAAGAGACAGCAGCGGUGUUUGGAAAAUCCAAUUACACUUAAACAUAGCAGAUGUUAUUGAUAUAAUGUGGAUCUGCUUUCUUAUAAAUACAAUCUUCCACAGAUGGACUACAAAAAUAAUGCAGUAUUCUCCUUCGGUCCUUCUAUCGCCUUAAAUGAUGUGUAAAGUGCUGUUUACUGCAGAGAAAAAUCCCAACAUCACAAAUGAAUUUAAUUGAUAUAUAUCUAGUCAUCAUUUAUUUCAAUUCAUAACAAUCAAGCCACCAUGUUGAGUCUACAACCAUCGUUAACAUUAUCAGAUAGCAGAAACCAACGUUAAUCUUGGCAGUGGUUCAACUUAAUUUCCAAAUACCACCCCUGGAUGUCAUUGGCUUGAUUUUCAUGAUUCACCCAGGACUCACACAGAUGUUAACUCUGAAUGAGAAUCUUAAUGAGUUGUUUCUCCUCAGCAAACACACACCUUGUAGGAAGUUAAAAAGCUCAGCUGGUAGAGUGAGCGCCUCAUAUACUGAGGCUACAGUUCUUGACCCACUAGCUUCCAGCUCCACUCACAGCCUCUGGCCCUGUGAUGCUUGUCUACCCCUCUCUCCUGUCCACACAUCUCCUGAUGUGAUCUCAGAUAUCUAUCAGUGGACAUGAGAAAGGGGUAUGUGGCAAAUAAAGAAAGACAACCUUCAGAGAUUAAAUGUGAUUUCUAGAUUUCUGUCUUUUUCAGUAUGACUGACUGAGUGUCAAAUUACAGGAUAAAAUAUCUAUAAAGCGUUCACUUGCUGUAUGUUUAUGUUUUUGUUUAUGUUGUGGGAACCAUUUAACCAGAGCCAGACCAUGCGACAAUCACAGCAGUUUCUUGAUAUUCAACAUAUUCAAUGGGUCUUUUCUUUAACCCUAAUUUCCAAACUCAUGUAUUUGAGUCUGUGUCUGGAGAGGAAAAGUGUUUACAGAUCAUGUAGAUAAAAGCAGCAGAGAAGUGAAUCUUAGUCAAAUAACUGUGGAAUAAGUACCAGACCUCUGACCUAUGAAGAACAGUGAACACAUGCAGAAUAAAGAGAACAGUGUCAGAUUUAAACUUCUACAUUGUGUUGAUUAUGUUUGCUUAAUGAAAUGCUUUAAGCACACUGCCUUUGCAAUCACAGCUUCUGGAAGCUUCACUUAUUAAUACUUUCAACUUGAUUACAGAUGAUAUAACUCUUCACCUGUCACCUUUAGCGCGUUAGCAGCUCUUCAGCUGAGUGAACCAAACACUGAAAAAGCUCUGAGUUUGCCAGAUAAGCCCAUCUGCUCUCCUGAUAGGAAACAGAAGGGAAAUAUUUCUGAACAGUGGUAGGUCAAAGGGCAUCUUUUUAAAGUCCAAAUAAAGGCACAUUUAAACCUUUACAGUCCUUUUAAGAGAUCAUUAAGAACACAUCCAGCUCACUCCACCUGAGGCAGGGAUUGUCUCCUCUCUGUCUGUCAAAAAAGACCCCACAUUGUUUAUGACUGCUCCCAAUUGUCGUUCUUUGUAUCGCAGUUCAGAUGUUCAUGUUUACAUUCGCCCUCUCCUCCUGCAUCGAAGUGCAGAUGUAGGAAGAGAUAGUUUUGCAGAGCCGUAACAGGGGUGUAGACAGGAGCCGUUCGCAGUGAUCCUAAUUAAAUUUCCUGUGUUAGUGGAUGUUUAGAUUUGAAGCUCUUUGUUUUGUAGAAAUAUCAACCCUCUGGUGAGUUAUGUUCAUUUCUGCAUGCAGUACAAGGGGUUCUGUGGGUCCAAUAGGUAGCACAGCAAUAACAUGUUCAGCAAACUAGUUUCUCAUGAAAACUUCAGGAACAGGUGCAGACAUACUUGAUGGUGAUGUUAUUUGAAGCAAGAGCCUGGAGGAUAGAUUGACCUGAGGAGCUGCACUAUUAUAUAUACUUAAGCUGCAAUACUUAUUAAACUUACUGAUGAUAAAAUGGCAAAGAUCCCUCAGGUUUGCAGUAUCUUCAAGAGAGCAGAUUCUUGCAGACUCUUAAACUUGUAGAAACUCAGCGUUCAUUGUUUUGUUUUGUUUUUUUCUCUUGCUUUACGUCCUCUCGUGCCUUAUGUUGGUGAUCCAAAAACACUCAGAAACAAGCUUAAGAAACUAACCUAUAAUAAGUUGUGAUUUUCGCAUCAAUCAACAGGAACUAGAAGAGCUGGAGAACUCAAAGUCCAAUUUUGUGGCGGUUGUUCAGAGACUGCUUGAGGACACAGAAGAGAGGACCGUGUUUUUUAAGGUCUGACAUUCUCAUCACUGUAAAAUAUUUACAGUAAUUUCUGAUCAGUGAUUGUUCGAUUGAUUGUGACAUUUUUAAAUAACAGACAUUGAGAGAAAUAAACAAGUAGAUAAAGACAGAUGUUUUGGUUAAAUUUCUAAAUGAUGCAGGCUAAUACCAGCACUUUGCACUGACAUUUUACCAUUUUUAUUCCAGGACAUUUUCCCCCUUCAUUAUGGCCAGCAGUACCAAGCUACACUGAAGGCAUUACUAUGGAAGUUCAUCACAAGAUUGGAUUAUCUUCUACCUGUCCCAGAUAUUAAACAGGUAUUUUAAAAUCCCAAAUAAUGUAGAAUACGUCUUCGGACAAAAUUGGAACUCUAUCAUCAAUGCUAUCAAGCAAACUCCUGGACUGAAUAGACAACUACAAGUUUAAUUAGCAGCAGCAACCAAAAGACUAAAGGUUGAGAGUAUGUCUAUGAUGAGUUUUGCAUGUUCCCUACAGACUGCAGAGUGGCUUAGCACUGCCCCCUCUGUCGUGGAGAAAUGUGGACAAAUGUUUUUGGAACGGGAUCAGCUUAAGGAGCUCUUGAGUUUCCAUCAGCAACAAGCAGGAAUCACAGACAAAAGUGAGUCAUCUAAAAAGAAACUUAUUUUGGUUGGUUAUAAAACAUUGAGUGUCCAAAUGUUCAGACUCUUUGCAGUGAAUAAAAAGCUGUCAGUCAGAGGAUUGUUUAAAAUCUGCUUUUUUGUUAUGUUUUGGGUUUUUUUCUGCUUCAUGACAGGCUAAGCAAAAAAAAUGUUCCACAAGAAAGAAGAAAAAAUUGAUAUGAUAAGCAUUCAUAACAGCUUAUGGCAAGGUUUAUGAAGUCUUAUAUGUAGUGAGAAUAAUGCCUUAUAAAGCUAUGAUUUAUAAAGUUCUGCUAAAUAAAGUCUUAUAAAUGCGUUAUAGGGUUAUAUAACUGUUAAUCACUUCAUACAGUGCUGUCACUUCACUUAAACAUGCACAAUACAUGUAUAUGUUUUCUUGAAUUAAUGCUUCUUCCGUCUUUACUGCUUGCAUCAAACAUACAUCUCAAUAUCUCCUUCGCUUUUCUGAUGACUUUAAAUAUUUCUUCUAUUUUUACAGGUUACUCUCAAACUCAAAAUAUGUUUUUGCCAAGACUUUCUCUUCCUCCAAAACCCAAAAGAGAACUUUGUUCAGAACAACAGGAAUCGGCUGCAGGUGAGAAAGAGGAAGAGCAGUUUUAUUCCAGUGAGGAUGAGGAGCCUGCUGAGGGACGUCUGCAUGAAGUUGCUCAGAUUCUGAAAGACUGCAGCAAAGAAGAUGAACGCUUAAAUGAACAAGUGAAGGAGCUCAUUUCUGAAAAGUGCACCAGUAAGUGAUCGCUGCCUUUGUGUUUUUUUUAAUACAUAUGUUUUGAUCUCAGAGAUUUACUUCACAAACAAGAAUCAACACAUGAAAAAAAUCUGUUUUUCCAAUUGUUUUUAAAAAUGAAAUUUCCUAUUUUAAUGCAGAAAUUGACCUCUACAUUUUUCUCUUUUUCAGAUUUCAACAUUCAAACACUUUUAAGACUGCAGACAUGCUCACUGUGCUCCUACUCAGACAGCAAAGUCGCUGGUCUUCUGCAACACAUCAGAGAGGUCCACCUGCCACAGGAAUCCAGCCAACUUCAGCCCAACGAGUGGAAAAAACCCAAAGUUGCGCAGAGAGCAGAAACCAAAGUGUACAUUACUGACAUCAAAGGCUCAGCAAACAUUUGUGAGUAUUGUGGGAAGGUCUUCAAGUAUGUUUCCACUUUAAAGAGCCACACAAAAACACACACACUGCCAUUCCACUGUGACACGUGUGACAAGAAAUAUGCGUCCAUGGCAUCCCUGCACGUGCAUCGCAGGAACCACACAGGUGAGACGCCAUAUUUGUGUUCACACUGCGGCCGGGGCUUCAGGACUUCACACAGCCUCAGUUCACACGUUCAUAUCCACACAGGAGAGAGACGCUACAAGUGUCACAUUUGUGGAAAGACUUCAAUCCAGCAUCUGGCGCGACACAUGCGAAUGCACCGCGGAGAAAAGAACUUUUUGUGUACAGAAUGCGGCAAGACUUUCCUCUCCUCUGGGGAGUUGAGACUGCACACGAGGUAUCACACCGGUGAGCGUCCGUACACGUGCAAAUACUGCGGGAAAGGUUUUGUUGCCAAGUGCUUUCUGACGGUUCAUCUGCGCCGACACACAGGGGAGAAUCCUUACAAGUGUUCAGUGUGUCCAAAAGCAUUUCAUACUCUGAGAGCGCAGAGAAAACACAUAAAGAUCCACUCAACCUCCAAGUCCUUCCAGUGUUUAAAAUGUGGCAAAAUAUUCAGGCAAGAAGACACUUUUAGGUUGCACCUUCAAACACAUGAAUAAAGGAGAAGCUGGUGUGCAAAAAACUGAAUUUAUUCCAGUCUUCUCGAUGAAGCAGUUUGGGACAUUCAUUGUGCUUAUGGUUUGUUUGCCUUGUAUUUAAACAUGAACACCAUGGCUUUAUUUACGCUUAAAAGACCAGUGUAGUUGCAGUUUUCUCAAAGCUAUGCAAAACUAUUAUUCGAAAACACAGCCAAGAAAGGACAGGAAAUCAUGAAGAGUUAAAAUGAGCCACAUGUUUACUCGGCACUGAUUGAAUGUUUGUCUUUUUAUAGACAAAAUCAAAUAAAAACUGAAAAUGUAAA